UAGGGCUCGGGCUCGUUAUUGUGCGGAUUCUCUAGCGUUCUCUCGUCAACAUCCUAGACAGAAUCAUGGGCAAAACCGAUUUGCGGGUGCUCGGCAAGAUGCCAUUGAAUGCCGAACCACCAUGCCUCGUCGAGCUCACGAGGCACCCUAUUACACCGCUGCACCUGGCAUAUGCCCGUAACCACUCUGUUAUAAAGGAUCUAGCAUCUGAAUUUGACAGUUAUACGGUCAAGAUAGACGGCGAAAUGGAGGGGAUGGAAGAGAAGGUGUUGAACGUGAAGGACAUGAUCGCAUCCUUUCCAAAGAAAGAGGUCGUGGCUGUUCUCAUUUGCGCUGGUAACCGUCGUGCCAAGAUGCAAGAAACAACGGGAAAAGCAGUGCGAGGUAUCAAGUGGUCAGAGGGUACCAUCGCGAAUGCCCGCUGGGCAGGUGUACUUUUACGAGACAUAUUGAUCAGCGCAGGGGUCUCUGAACAGGAAGACGAUCAAAAAGGUUUCCACGUCUGGUUCGCUUCGAACGUUGCGCCCUGUGAGGAUGACGCGUGUUACGGAGGGUCUAUUCCACUUGACGAGGCCAUGGCAAAGGACGGUGAUGUUAUGCUUGCAUACGAGAUGAACGAUGGACCCCUCACCCCAGAUCACGGCUUCCCUCUGCGCGUCGUAGUGCCUGGUUACUUUGGCAUGCGAUGGGUUAAAUGGGUGGACCAGAUCACUAUCUCGCGAGAGGAAUCGCCCAAUUUCUAUCAACAGCGCGAUUACAAGAUGUUGCCUGAAUGUGUUACCUCCCCAGAGAAGGCCAUCGAUGAGGAUUGGUGGGGCCGUAUACCUGCAAUGCAACGACUUAACUGCAAUUCGGUCGUCGCCCACAUUCAGUGUCUGACACCUGCCUGUCCUGACCAGAAGACGCUUAAAGUCACAGGCUACGCCUACGCCUACUCAUCUAUCUCGCGUGUAGAAAUCAGCGCGGAUGGCGGCGACACGUGGCAUGAAGUACGAAUCACAUACCAAGAGGGUAGUUGGAGUUGGUCGCUGUGGGAAGGCGAGCUCGUAGUAGACAUUGAUACCGAUGCUCUCGAGUUCGCUAACCACGGACCGAAGAAUGGGCGCCCAAAAACCAAGAUAACAGUGAUAAGCCGUGCAUUUGAUCGGUCUGGAAGCGCCCAGGAUACCGAUUGCCGCUGGAACUUGAGGGGAGUAGGCUUUUGUGGUGUCGGCGUUGGAUCGGUGGAAGUAUAAUCGGAUACCUGGCUUCAUUAGGUUUUCUCUGUUCCAACCUACUUCUAUAUUUACAGACCGAAUUCCACUCAACGGCCGGCCGCUCUUACAAGA